AGAAAACGCCGAACCAACAAGAGGAUCGUGAAGGUGUUCGGGCCGAAGAGAAAGAAAAAGAAAAUAAAAAGAGAGAGAGAGAGUGUGUGUUAUCUCCCUUACUAAGCACCCCACAAAGGCAACAGAUAAAAAAUUUUUCUUUUUUUUUUAUUUUCUUUACAAAAUAAACCUUCCCUCGUUUUUAAAUUAAAAAAAAAAGAAAAGAAAAAUUAACCGUUGCGAAAAAAUUCGUUCCCGCCAUGGUGGCUCAGCUGGAGCACCAACAGCAGAAGGAGGAACCUUGUUUAGACAAUUUACAGAAGGCAAAGUCUUUGAUCUGUGCCCUUAACUUUGUCUCUAGAAACCUCCCUCUCCCCCCUGACCUAUUCGACGUCGUUUACUCUAUUUGUUGUGAUGAACAAGAAGGUCUUUCGGAGGCCACGGAUGAUGGGACCCAGGGUGAUGAUGGAUCUGAUGAUGCUGGAGUUUCCCAGAUGGGAACGGAUGAAUCUUCUAAUUUUAAGAAGGAUGAUUUAUUGGGUGACCUUGAUGAUGCAUUAUCAAAACAACGCUCAAAAUGCAUGUCUGGUUCUGGCUUGGCAGAAUCGAAGGAAAACCAUUACCAGAGCCACCUUCAUCAUCGGUUGAAUGAACUUGAAGAAUUGCCUACAAGCAGAGGGAGGGACCUGCAGGCAAAGUGCUUACUUGAACUCUAUGGACUAAAGCUAGCAGAGUUGCAAAGCAAGAUACGUUCUCAUGUGAGUUCUGAGUACUGGCUUCAUGUCAACUGCACAUCUCCUGACAAGCGAUUGUUUGACUGGGGCAUGACGCGAUUGCCUUUUCCUUCAUAUGGAAUUUUUGUUCCAUUCACUACAGAAGCUGAUGAUCAAGCGAGAAAGAAACGGGAUUAUGAGAGGCUAUCACGGUUGAGGGAGGAGGAAAGGAACCAAUUGGAGAAUAGAAAGAAGAAAUUUUUUUCAGAAAUAGUUAAUGCCUUCCGUGACUUCCAAUUGCAAAUUCAAGCUACUCUAAAGCGUCGAAAACAAAGGAAUGAUGGUGUCCAGGCAUGGCAUGGAAGGCAAAGACAACGUGCUACAAGAGCAGAGAAAUUGAGGUUCCAGGCCCUGAAGGCUGAUGAUCAAGAAGCAUAUAUGAGAUUAGUAAAGGAGAGCAAGAAUGAAAGAUUAACUAUGCUUCUUGCGGAAACAAAUAAGCUCCUUGUUAAUUUGGGAGCUGCUGUUCAACGGCAGAAAGAUGCUAAAGUUUCAGAUGGCAUUGAAGAUUUGAAAGAUUUAGAUUCUGAUUCACUGGAGGUGGAGGCUUCGAAGGAUGGAACUCCUCAAGAUUCACCACCCGAAGAAGUUAUAGACGCCACUGACUCUGAUCAGAAUGAUGACUCCAGUGAUCUACUUGAAGGUCAGAGGCAGUAUAACUUGGCUAUUCACGCAAUUCAGGAGAAGGUAACUGAGCAACCAUCCAUGCUUCUAGGUGGAGAGUUAAGAUCAUACCAGUUAGAAGGGCUUCAAUGGAUGCUCUCUUUGUUCAAUAACAACCUUAAUGGAAUUUUAGCUGAUGAGAUGGGGUUGGGAAAAACAAUACAGACUAUUUCAUUAAUUGCAUAUCUCAUGGAGAACAAAGGUGUGGGUGGGCCCCACUUGAUAGUGGCUCCAAAAGCUGUACUACCAAAUUGGAUCCAUGAGUUCUCAACGUGGGCUCCUAGCAUCCAUGCAAUCCUUUAUGAUGGACGUUUAGAUGAGAGGAAGACAAUGAGGGAAGAAAUAUCAAGAGAUGGAAAACUUAACGUGUUGAUCACGCACUAUGAUCUUAUUAUGAGAGAUAAAGCGUUCCUGAAGAAGAUACACUGGUAUUACAUGAUUGUUGAUGAAGGUCAUCGGUUAAAGAAUCAUGAGUGUGCUCUUGCACGAACCCUCAUCUCAGGCUAUCAGAUCCAGCGUAGACUUCUGUUAACUGGGACCCCAAUACAAAAUAGUUUACAAGAAUUGUGGUCCCUCCUUAACUUUCUUCUCCCAAACAUUUUCAAUUCAGUUCAGAAUUUUGAGGAGUGGUUUAAUGCCCCCUUUGCAGAUCGUGGUGAUGUUUCUCUUACAGAUGAAGAAGAACUCUUGAUUAUUCGUCGUCUGCAUCAUGUUAUAAGGCCAUUCAUCUUGAGGAGAAAAAAAGAUGAGGUGGAAAAAUACCUUCCUGGAAAAUCUCAGGUUAUACUCAAAUGUGAUCUGUCAGCAUGGCAGAAAGCGUACUAUCAGCAAGUAACAGAGAAGGGCAGGGUUGGGCUAGAUAAUGGGUCUGGGAAAUCAAAGAGCCUCCAAAACCUGACAAUGCAAUUGAGGAAGUGUUGUAACCACCCAUACCUUUUUGUGCCUAACUACAAUAUGUGGCAGAGAGAGGAGGUUGUAAGAGCAUCGGGAAAAUUUGAGCUCCUUGAUCGUUUACUCCCAAAACUUCACAGAACUGGCCAUCGAGUCCUGCUUUUUUCCCAAAUGACUCAUCUCAUGGACAUUCUUGAAAUAUAUCUGCGACUCAAUGAUUUCAUGUAUCUAAGACUUGAUGGCUCUACAAAAACUGAGGAGAGAGGAUCUUUGCUGAAGAAGUUCAAUGCAACAGACUCUCCUUAUUUUAUGUUUCUAUUAAGCACUCGUGCUGGAGGUCUUGGCCUGAACUUGCAGACAGCAGACACUGUAAUAAUUUUUGAUAGUGACUGGAACCCCCAAAUGGACCAACAGGCAGAGGAUCGAGCCCAUCGUAUAGGGCAGAAGAAGGAAGUCAGGGUCUUUGUGCUGGUUAGUGUUGGAUCAAUUGAAGAGGUCAUUUUAGAGCGUGCAAAGCAGAAGAUGGGUAUUGAUGCCAAGGUCAUCCAGGCUGGAUUAUUUAAUACAACUUCCACAGCUCAGGACAGAAAAGAAAUGCUGGAAGAAAUCAUGCGUAGAGGGACAAGCUCACUUGGAACAGACGUGCCAAGUGAGAGAGAAAUCAACCGGCUUGCAGCUCGUACGGAUGAGGAGUUCCGGAUGUUUGAGCAAAUGGACGAGGAAAGAAGACUGAAGGAGAAUUAUAGGUCUCGACUCAUGGAGGAACAUGAGGUACCUGAGUGGGUGUAUGAACUUAACAACGAUGAUGGGAAGGCCAAAGCCUUAGAAAAUAACAAAGUUGAAUUAGGGAAGCGAAAAAGGAGAGGGGGGAACUAUUAUCCGGAUACAUUGAGUGACUUACAGUUUAUGAAGGCUGUGGAAAAUGCAGAAGACAUGGCGACAAAAUUGUCAAGUAAAAAAAAGAGAAAAGACCACCUUCCUCCUGGGGCCAAUGAAUCUGCUAGUAAUAACGUAGGAGUAGAGAAAAAGGUAUUAGAAUACAGGAACGAGAAUGUGCCGGCAGUAAGCGAGGGAACCAGCGAAGAUACCUAUGGUUCAGCUCCAAAGACACUCAAGUCCAAUGGUGAAACGAAUGAGAAACCCAAAUACCCUGGUGUGGAAAAAUCUGAACAUCAGGGUGUUGGAGGAAGUUCCUGGAAUGAGCGAAUAAUUACAUGGAAUACACAUAAGAAGAAGAGAUCAAGCUAUGUCGUCCCAACUUCUUCAUCAGAUUCAAGAGGGCAGAAUUCCAGUGGAAGAGGAAAUGGAUGGGCUUGAUGUAAAGUUCCUGCUCAAGCAGCAGUGGCCUAAUGGGAUGAUCCUCAUCACUCUGGGUAGAGAUGGAUUUAUCCUAUAAAAAAGGAAAAAACGUUGGUAGUACUCUGCCAUCAACCAAGUUUGGAAAAGUUUUAAUUUUGCCCUCAUUGUAAUUCAAUUAGCAUUCUACUUUAAAAAUUUGAUUCAUGUUAAUAUUGCAUAAUUAAUUAGCACUGUUUCUUAAGAAA